UUAUAAAAAACUUAAAUCUGCCUUUUUUUUUUUUGUCAAACUUAAAUCUGCCUCUUGGUUGUAAUAUUUUCUUGUUUAUCGACAUCCAAGAUAUUUAAUAUUUAUUUUGGAAAGAAAAUAACAAUUUUUCCCUAUACAUAUUUUCACUGGAACUCUUUAUCGACUUGUGUUGUGUCCGCUAAAAACCUAAAGCUUCAAUUCCCAAUCCAGCGCUACUCCAGAGAUGGGUAAGAAGAAACUCAACCCCUUAGAAGACCCACCAAAGUCAUCUUCAAGCGACGACGAUGAAAUGGAAACUCAAUCCGGAGAGGAGGAAGAAGCUGAAGAACAGAUAUCCGAUGAUUCCGAUUCCUCUUCAUCUGAGGAAGAAAAAGACGGUCUCUGGAAUCCCGUCAUCAUUCCGCCUCUAAAGAAACCAAAAACUUCCGUCGCGAGUCCUUCGAAACAGAGAUCUAAGCGUUCGAGUGAAGAGAUGGAGGCGCCGCAUGCAAAAAAGCGGUCCAAGAAGAAGAAACCUCUGUUUCAGAGACUGUGGAGCGAAGAAGAUGAGAUCUCUCUGCUACAAGGUAUGAUCGACUUCAAAUCUGGGACGGGGAAGAGUCCGUACGAAGAUAUGGAUGGUUUCUAUGAACUCAUCAAGAAAUCCAUUAGCUUUGAGGCUAGCAAGUACCAAACUGCUGAGAAGAUUAGGUCUUUGAGGAAGAAGUAUGUGAAGAGAGGUGUAGAAUCUAUCUCCAAAUCUCAUGAUAUGGGAUGUUUUAACUUGUCCAAAUAUAUUUGGGGAUCUAAUGGAUUGGCGCUCAAGUCUAAUGUGAAGAAGAGUGACUCUGUCAAACCUCAUGGUCAAGAGGUAGAGAAAGAAGUUGAAUCUGAUGCUAAUUUGGAAGUUAAUGGUGAAAAUGGUGACAAGGAAGAAGAAGAUAGGGAGAUGCUGGUUAACGGUAAGAAGGUACAAGUAGAUAAACAAGUGUUGGUUAAUGGAGAUUCGAGUGCAUCUGACUGGUUUGAAGACUCGUUUCUUGUUGGAUCCAUUGGGAGUUUGGGUGUGGGUGAACGGUUUGUGAAAGAGAGAUGGAGCAUGGUGGCUGUGGAGACUAAGAAGAAAAUGGAAGAGAAGUGGAAGCUGUUGCAGGCCAAAGAAAUGGAACUUGUGUUGGAGAAGACUGACUUUAUGCGUGAGGUUGGCUCUGUAAUUGCUGAAGCAUCUUAGGAAAGGCACAAUUAUGUAGGUUUAAGUUGGAGAUCCAAAUGUGUAUUUUGUUAUCUAAUUAUAUGAAGUUUCGUUAUCUUCCUACCUAACUUUCUGGUUUUCUGUUUCAUCUUGUGAACUCCAUUGAAGUAAUUAAAACUUCUGCCAAGUUAGGCGGUUAGAUAUAAUAUUGUCUUUGCAGUUUGCAGGCUUUUUUAACUA